CUCAAGUUUCGAAUUCCGUAAAUUAUAAUUCCGCAUUCACUUUCCCGUAAAUUAUACAGCCAAAGCCCAAAACAUCAGCCAAUCAGCUGUCAUUGAAGUCGUCUGAUGCACGUGGGUAUAAAUUGUGGUACAAAAAUGUUGUGCCAUUCACUAACACAUCAAUCAAAAUGGUUUCGUGUGAAUUCAUCUUUAAGAGUGUUAACAUUGAGAUACUUUUCCCAAGAAUCUCCAUCACCGGGAUUUCGUUCACCGUCACAGCGUAUUCCGUCUACGCCGGCUAUACAAAGUGAAUUGGUUAGAACCCCAUCUGAAUAUGUGAAAGGUUCCCGCGUAUUGCAAGUUGCAAUUCUUGGCAUACCGAAUGCCGGUAAAAGUACUCUAGUCAAUCAACUUUCUGGAUGGCAGACAUGCUCAGUUUCCAAAAAAGUUCACACAACCAAAAAGAUGUCGAAAACUGUGUUAAUCAGAGAUGAAACUCAAAUUGUUUUCCUCGACACUCCAGGGCUGGUUCUACCUGCUGAAGCCAAACAGUUUAAUCUUGAUAAAUCCUUUGUAAUUGAUCCUGAAGUUGCACUAUCUAAAGCAAAUUUACUUUUGGUCUUGCAUGACAUCAGUAACAAAUGGACAAGAGGAAGUUUGAGUUCAAAAAUCCUUAGACUUCUCCAUCUCUAUCCCGACAAAGAAUCGGUUUUAGUAUUGAAUAAAAUUGAUUUAUUAAAGGAAAAGCGCCUCCUUCUAGACUACACUAACAAAUUGACGGAAGGCAUAGUUGGUGGUAAAUCAAUAGCAUCAAAUACUGAUCCACGAAAACGAAGAAUGAGUCGGCAAAACAGUGACAUGUCCACUGUCAAUGAAAGCAACACAGAGUUAUCGGAACCCACCAAUUCACGAAGUAUGUCAGAGAAGGAAGUGGCAAAAAGGAUCGAAGGAAAGAUGGGUUGGCCCAACUUUUCUCGUGUGUUUAUGAUAUCUGCCAUUGACGGAGACGGAGUUUCGGACAUAGUGGAACAUCUGUAUGGAGCUGCUAAGCCAGGUCGGUGGAUGUACAAUUCUUCGGUAGUAACGGAUCAAAACCCUCAUGAAAUGGCAAUUGCCAUAAUAAGAGGUAAACUACUAGAUAUUCUGGAUAAAGAAUUGCCAUAUUCGAUUAAUACAUCUGUUCGAUACUGGGAAGAAGAUUUAUCAGGUACCUUGAACAUCGUGAUGGCUUUAGAUUGUCAGAAAAAAUUCACUGCUAAAGUAGUUGUCGGCACUGGUGGUCGCACUGUAAUUCAGCUCGCUAGAGAAGCAGAACAAGAUUUGAGAAACAUGUUCCGUCAAGAAGUUCGUCUUAAAAUCGUUGUAGAACCGGCGUAAAGAAAAGUAAUAAAAGAAUGUAUGUAA